CCAUCAGUAUACUCAUGCUAGAUGUGGUCCAGCCAUUGUCUCUCAUCCAUCUGGAAUAAGCUAGUAUAAUGGCGGUGGGCAGGCAAACUGUCCAACAGACGCCCAUCAGAUGAUCCAUCGAGACGAUCGCCAGAGCUGAUCAACCAACUGUCAAGACUUACUAGUCACUACACGACGCAAUGAUUCAAGGCAGCAACAUAGCAAUGCAAUUAGUACUUUAGUACGGAGUAUCUACCGGGUCUCGUACAACUCACCAUGCGGAUCCUCGUCAUCGCUCCCGUGCUAAACCAAAGCCAGCCAUCACCGUGCAGUCCUACUGCAUGCAGUGCCCUCCGCUUCCCAAUCGGGUCAUGAUCGGACCUUGACAUCCCUGCCACCACGUCUCGGCUUAAACAACUCUCUACUCUCAACUCCCAAUCCUUCGGUUCUAUCCUUGGACAACAAACUCUCUUUCCUUCGCUCCCUCCAUCUCAUACCAAAAACAGAGUCGCACAACCAUGAAUCACGGACCAGGACCCCCCCGCUCGGACUACGGAUAUCGCCCGCAGGAAUUCCACUCCCAUGUCCCCGGCGACGACUUCUCCCGCUACGGCGGAGCCACCUCCCAUCUCCCCAAACUAGAAGAUCUCGAUUACCAGACCGCCGGUCCGCCCCCGCCUCCGGGCGCUGGUGUGCCUCCGCGGACGAAGGACGAGGGGGGUGGGAAGUCGGCGGCCUGGUAUGACCCGCGUGGAUGGUCGCUGCGCACGAAGCUCAUCGUGGGCUUUGUUGCCAUUGCGGUAAUUAUUGCUGUGAUUGUGGGCGCUGUUGAGGGCACGAAGAAGAAUCGGUAUCCGGAUUACUCGCCGCUGGAUUAUAGGUUGGUGGAUUCGUAUGAGGGGGAGAGCUUCUUGGAGAAGUUUGAUUAUUUUUCGGGGAAGGAUCCUACGGAUGGUUUUGUCAAAUACGUCGACCAACAAGCCGCGCAAACACUCAACCUCACGCACGCGACAGACUCCUCGGUCGUAUUGAAGGUCGACACCUCCAACCCAUCCGCCACCGAGGGUCGCCAGUCUGUCCGCCUAGAGUCCAAAGCCAGCUACAACGAGGGUCUCUUCAUCUUUGACAUCAUCCACACGCCGCACGGCUGCGGCACGUGGCCCGCGCUGUGGCUGACCGACCCGGCCAACUGGCCGACCAACGGCGAGAUCGACGUCGUGGAGACUAAUAACAAGGCUACCGAGGGCAACGCCGUUACCCUGCACACUACGGAUGGCUGCGACAUGGACGUCAAGCGGAAGAUGACGGGGCACGCCCAGUUCACUACCUGUCUCAACUCCACGAAUAGUAACUCUGGCUGCGGCGUGCAGGCGCCGCCUUCCAGCUACGGGGAGGAAAUGAACCAGAAGGGAGGAGGGAUCUACGCCCUUGAACUCCGCAAAGCAGGCAUCCGCGCAUGGUUCUUCCCGCGCUCCUCCAUCCCCUCCGACCUCCAAAAGAACAACAACACCAAACCCAACCCCUCAACCUGGGGCACCGCGCUCGCCGACUUCCCCAACACCUCCUGCGACAUCGGCGCGCACUUCCGCAACCAGCGCAUCGUGGCUAACAUCGACCUGUGCGGCCAGCUUGGCGCCCUGCCCAAGUUCUACCACAAGAUGUAUAAUUGCCCGGCGACAUGUGAGAAGUUUGUGGCACAUAGUCCGGAGGAGUUUGAGGAGGCUUAUUGGGAGUUUGGGGGUUUCAAAGUUUAUCAGGCUUAGUUUUUCUUUCUUUCUUUCUUUUUUUUUUUU